CCAAAGCAGAGCAUCUGCUGAAUCUUUCUUUGGCGAAGAUCUAGAAGACAAUCAUGUCUGCGAAUAGAGAUCGCACCGUUUACGUAGGCAACUUGGAUGAGAGGGUGAGCGAACGAGUCUUGUACGACAUUUUGAUACAGGCUGGAAGGGUAGUAGAACUGUAUGUUCCUCGUGAUAAGGAAACGGAGAAGUCCAAAGGCUAUGCUUUUGCAGAGUAUGAGACAGAGGAAAUAGCCAACUAUGCUGUUAGGCUGUUCUCCGGCCUUGUUACUCUCUACAACCGAACACUUAAAUUUGCGAUAUCUGGGCAGGACAAGUCCUCCUCACAUACUUCUGCAGCAAAUCCCUCCCAGAAUUUAAGACCCAACCGUCCAGAAAGUGACAGUGCAGAAAUUCCUCAAAAUUCUGCUGGGCUAUUUACUCCUGGCAGAGCUUCAGCAUAUUCAGAUAACCAUUCUCACGCUUCCGUUCCUACUGGUAUGACACCAGAAAGUAAUGGCUUUGGAUCUCGUUCAAGUGGUUAUGAGUACAGUCGACGAGUUUUUGGGGCAACCCUGGAAAGCAUUAACCACAGUAGGUCACGCCGUCAUGAUACAAGUAACCCGGCGGCUGAUCCCUCCUAUUAAUUGCCCUGGUAGCUAAUGUGACAUUAUCUGUCACCAUUCUUCUCAAAUUUGUGUAGCUUGGUUGUCGAUUAAUUUGUGUCAUAGGUUGGGUUGUUGUCUUGAUUGAAAGUGGGAUAGUGAAGGAGGUUAGUUAUCCUUGUAAAUUAGCAUAGAUGUUAAGUCUUGUGGCAUUUGCUUUAGCAGCUAGAGCUAGACUUGCUCAUAAGUAGUUCAUCUGCUUGUAGAAGUAUUUUAGUUAGAUUUUAUUUGUGAAGUUUGAUUUUUCCUUGUUUUGGCAUUGGAUAUCUUUUAGCUUUCCGAAUCGUAAAUCUAGCUCAUGGUGGCUUUCAGCUACAAGCAAAGCAGUACAGUUGUUGCCCUGCUUCUGUGCUA